CGGAACCCGUAGGACGCGGAUCGUCCCGUUCCCUCACCCGAAAACACAAACAAAAAGGAAACAGUGCUAGUGGGAAUUUAUUCAAAUUUCCGAGAUUGGAGUGAGCAGGAAAUUUGAAUUCCAACGGCAAAAAUCUCAUCAUGGAAGUGGUGAACCGAGUGACAUUAAAUUUGACUAAGUGGGAUGACAAUAAUUCAACCGCAAGAGAAGAGAAUACUACAGCAGUAUGGCCGGUGCUGGUGGAGGAAAAAGAUUGGGAUGACGGCAAUCCCAUUUUGGCGUUGGUGUUGUUCUCCUUUUGUCUGGCCACCGUCCUGGGCAACGCCUUGGUCAUCGCCGCGGUGACCAGGGAACGUUACCUGCACACCGUCACCAAUUAUUUCAUCAUGUCACUGGCCGUGGCCGAUUGUCUCGUCGGAUCCAUCGUCAUGCCAUUCAGCGCAGCCGUCGAAAUGCAAUCAGACCGGCGAUGGUUAUUCGGUCGCGACCUCUGCGAUGUGUGGCAUUCGUUCGACGUCCUGGCCAGCACCGCAUCCAUUCUCAACCUCUGCGUCAUCUCCAUGGAUCGUUAUUGGGCCAUAACGGACCCGUUCACUUAUCCGAGUCGGAUGACGCCCAAACGGGCCGCUUGUUUCAUCGCCCUCGUUUGGGUCUGUUCCAGUCUCAUCAGUUUCCCGGCCAUCGCCUGGUGGAGGGCCGUCGCCGUCGACCUCGCCCAGCACGACGGCGCCACUCACCUGAUGGCCUCCUCCUCGUCGUCGUCCAGCACAUCCGACAUCAACGAGCGAAUCCAUCCGCUGCCGGAGCAUUGCGUCUUCACCGACGACAUCGGAUACCUCGUCUUCUCUUCGACCGUUUCCUUCUACGGCCCCUUGUCCGUCAUGGUCUUCACUUAUUACCGAAUCUACCGGGCAGCAGUGGCCCAGUCACGGUCCCUUCGGCUGGGCAUCAAACAGGUCGUCAUGGCCUCGACAGGUGAAAUGGGAAAAGGAACAGGGGGAGGAUCGGGGUCGGGAUCCGGUGGGUCGGGAUCGGCCGAAACGGUCGAACUUUUAACUUUGCGCAUCCACCGCGGAGGUCGAGUCGCUUCCGACAAUCGGCGAUGCGCUGCGGCCGCCGCCCUUUUGACCUAUCAGGCGGCCAAUCGUCACCAAUUGCCCAUCGAUCCUUCAUCGACGUCCAGCACCAGCAACAACGUCCUGCAAAUCGCCGACGCUUCCCAACCGUCAACUUUGCAGCGACAACAAUCAGCAAUCGAUCGGCGCCAUUCACAAACGGAGGCGACGAUUGCCGGCCUGUCCGUUUCCUCGUCGGUGGACGGCGACGGCGGAUCGGGACGUUUGCCAAUUGCCAAAAUGAAUUUGAGUCGAAAAUUGGCUAAAAUCGCCAAGGAGCGCAAAGCGGCCAAGACGCUGGGCAUCGUGAUGGGCGUGUUCAUCGCGUGUUGGUUGCCUUUCUUCGUGACGAAUUUGCUCUCGGCUUUCUGUCAGUCGUGCAUCCACAACCCGGAACGGGUCGUCACCGUCGUCACUUGGCUCGGAUGGAUCAACUCGGGCAUGAACCCCGUCAUCUACGCCUGCUGGUCUCGCGAUUUCAGAAGGGCUUUCGCUAGAAUCCUGUGCGGAUGCUGCCCACGUCUGUUUCAUCGCUGGAAGAGGCACAGCGCCAAGAGCGGGAGCAACAACGCCCUAAACCAUCACCACAAUCUCGGAGGAUCGGCGACAACGGCCACGAUUUCCUCCAUGUCGACGGUGGCCAGCAGCCGGCCGCACUCCCACGCCAGUAUCGUGCUGGCCACGACCAGUGGCUCCCAACUGAGUCCAUUGACGGACAGCCCCACUUUUGCAUCUCUGUGUCAUCACUCGACUUCUUUUCCCAUGUGAUUACGCCUUCCAACAUCCCCCCAUCCUAUCUUAUAAAUAUUGUGUCAUUCGAUUCCCUCCCGCCAUGUCCUCCGCAUGAUUGAAUGUUUAAUGUUAUUUUACCUCCAGGGAAACGA